CCUUGUGAGAACUGGGCGGAAAAAAUUGUAGCCAUGGGUGCAGACGGUGCAGCUGUCAAUCUGGGACACAGAGGUGGAGUGAUAGCCCUCCUUCAAGCAGAGAUUGGGUCCUUCAUUGUCCCAUUCCACUGCAUGCCACACAGAUUGGAGCUAGGGAUGUUGAGGGUGCAAAGAGAGGUCUCCAUGAUUGGGCAGGUGUAUGACCUGUUGCACCUCAUCUGGAAAACAUACCACCUAACCCCUAAAUCAAUGAGGGAACUCAAAGCACUUGGAGCUGAACAGUCACAGUGAAGGCACCGAGUGGAGUGAAAGGGACCAGGUGGCUGCCCCAUGUGUCCCGGAGUUUGAGGACCUUCCUAAAACCAGGGAAGGAUGGUAAUUCCUCUGGCCAGUUUACAGCCGUGUAUGUGCACAUGGAGCAUCUGGCAGGUGCCUCGGCCAGUGCAGAUAGCUGGCAGAGCAAAGAAGGUCAAAGUCAGCAUGGAGGAUGGGACAUGUGGCAUUUUGCCACUUCCUGUCAGACCUUUUCUCUUCCAUCAGCAACUUCAGCCUGCAGCUUCAGAAAAACAAUGUAAUCCUACCUCAGGCUGUUAGUGGCAUCGAAUCUCUCUUGGCUACCAUAGAAGCUAUGGCAGCUAGCCCCAAACCUGAUGGUAAGCUGUCUGAGUUCCUUGCAGCCAUGAAGAAGCAGCGCCAACAGAGAGGAGGAGAACCUGGGGCUGGGACGUUCAAGUAUCAGGAUGUCACGCUUUCUAAAGGUGAAGCUGCAGAGCUGGCAGAAGGUCAACCAAUCAGCCAGUGUGCUCCCAGACUGCAAAGAGCCAUUGUGCUGACCUGUGAGUCCACAGUGAAACACCUGAAGAAUAGAUUUAGCAGCCUACUUGAAGAGAACACAAAGGAUGCACCAACAGCCAAGGCAGUGAAGUGUUUCAAUGUCUUCAGCCAUGACUUUUGGGCAGAUAAUAGGCUGGAGCUCCUGAACCAUGGUGUGGAAGAGGUGAACUUUCUCCUACGACACUUCUCCACUGUCCUGGACAGGAAUGGCUGCAGCAAAGAAAAGGCCAAAGAGGAGUUCCAACUGAUGAAAAUGACGAUAAACACGUCAUUCAAGGACAAAAGCUAUCUUGGACUGUGGCAAGUCAUGACGACAAAAGAGCCCUACUGCUCAGACUUUGCGAAUAUCCUACACCUGGUCAAAAUCAUGCUGGUGCUCCCAAUCUCUUCAGCAGUCUGUGAAAAGAGGCUUCUCGUCAGUAAACAGAAUCAAGUCAGAUGUUAGAUCAAGCCUGCAUACUGAAACUGUUGAGGACCUAAUCCGUAUUAGUGUUGAGGGGCCACAACUGGAGGACUAUGAUGCCAGGCAGGAUGUUAAGCAGUUCUCCCAGGGUAAGAGGAGCAGGAGGCCUAACUAUAUGAGCUGGUCCCUAGAAUGAGAUGAAUUGCAUGGAAGAAAUUAAUGCUACUUAGUUCAAGUUCAGUUUGAAUUAAUGAGCUUUAAGUUUAUAAGUUAUUUAUUACGUUGUUUUUAAGUUACCAGUAAGUUCGAUGUUCAGAAUGUUAUGUUCAAUAUACGUUUAAUAACGUGGAACAGUAUUUUUGUACUGCGGCUCAUGCAGAGAAACUUGAAUUCAGAUUAAAAUAUUUUGCAAAUAUCAAGUUUGGGUCAUUGUCAAUCUUUAACUUUCAUCAACAUAACAUAUUAAUAACACGCUAUACAAAGAAAAAUAUGGUGCUACCUAAUUUGUUUUGGUGCUACUAAAUGAAAAGCUAGGUGGCACCAGUGUUACCUGUGAAAAAGUUAGUCUG